UGCGCUCGCCGCCUUCCGGGGCCGGGCCGGGCUUGCGCCGCCACCCGUCGGGAUGCUGCUGCCGGGGGCCGGUGGUGCGGCGCGACGCUCCCCGUCGCCGCUGGCCGCCCUGUCCCAGGUGCUGCGGCUGGAGCGGAGCCGUCGCACCGGCGUCGUGUUCCCGCUGCAGAGGCUGGAGCGCUACCUGGCUCCCGGCGUCGACACGGCGCGGUUCCGCCUCUUCCAGCCCGGCCUGGCCGCUCUGCAGCGCGCCGAGGCGCUCUUCAGGUCCAGCCGCGACCAUGCCAUCGACUACGUGAGCUCCGCCGUCCGCAUGGACCAUGCCCCGCCGCCGGCCUUACCCGAGGUGUGCUUCAUCGGCCGAAGCAAUGUGGGGAAAUCAUCUUUAAUCCGGGCCUUGUUUUCACUAUCUCCAGAAGUGGAGGUCAGAGUGUCAAAAACUCCUGGCCACACCAAGAAGAUGAAUUUCUUCAAAGUAGGGAAGUACUUUACUCUGGUGGAUAUGCCAGGAUACGGUUACCGUGCCCCGCAAGACUUUGUGGAGAUGGUGGAGGCCUAUCUGCAGGAACGGCACAACUUGAAGAGGACUUUUCUAUUAGUUGAUGGUGUAGUAGGACUCCAGAAAACAGAUCACAUUGCAGUAGAGAUGCUAGAAGAGUUUGGGAUUCCUUAUGUGAUGGUGUUAACAAAAAUUGACCGAGCUUCCAGGGGACUGUUGUUAAAGAACGUGCUGGAGAUCCAGGAGUUUGUAAAGGAGAAAACUCAGGGAUGCUUUCCUCAGCUAUUCCUGGUCAGUUCUUUGGAGUUUUCGGGGGUUCACUUGCUAAGGUGUUUCGUAGCCCACGUUACUGGAAACCUGCCUGCUGUAGAGGCCAGCUGAAAAGACCAGCUCCUGAUCUGCUUGGCUUAUCCAGAACAAAAGGUGUGGUGUGAUAGCAUGCCUCGCUUGCAUACACUGAGGUGUCCCUGAUCCAGGUGGAUGAAGGAAAGGACACAACUUUAAUGGGGUCUACUUUUUGAUCACUGUUGGCUUGAAACAGAGUGGAAUAAAAGACUGACAACUAGGGGAGCUCUUCUUCUGCACUUUAUCAGCCGUCAGUGCUGCAUCUACCUUGUGGUUUAAGUCCAGCAUAAGCUCUACAGCUGCACUCGGAAGAACUGCCAGAGAUGAGACGCAUUGUCCACUAUCUGCAUCUGUUCCACCCUGGUGGCUGAAGCACAAUACCGAUGCUCUGUACUCCUUAGGGGCACUGUAGCGGCUCGCGGAACUGAGUCCCACAAGCAGCUGUACCUGGCUAAGGGCACCCGAAGCUGUCCAGUUCCAAGGUACACAAUCGGACAAAAGGACUGCUGUCAACAGCACCAGUUGUAUGGGAGAAUUUAGACCAAAGCUAUUAAGCGCCUAUGUCAAACCCUGGCACUUGGUCUUGUCAUGUCUUAACAUUGCCAAACGAGGGUGUGCGGUUGUCAAAGUUACUUACAUUAAGUGUUUAAACCUCAAGAAAGGGCAGUCCUCUUGUGAACCACUCUGAGGGCAAGAAGGUGGUAUUUCAAGUGUUUUCUUUCAUUAUUGAAUUUCUUGUAACUCUCAGACUAGACAUGAGGCGAGGUCUGUUUUCAGCAUACGUGUAAGAAGUGGGGGUGUGUGAGGAAUGCAGUAGAAAGAUGUGGAUCUCUAGUUUCCACAUCUUAGCAGAGAUCAAACCUGUAAUUCUCUAAUGUUUUACCUCUAAGCCCAAAAUGCUCCAAGGCAAACCAGCCAAUGGGAUGCUUGAUCCUAGGGGGAAGUGCAGUAGUAUAUAGACAGCUGGAACAGGUGCAAAGUGAACACUUCAGGAAUAACCUUUUCUUAGUAUCUUAAAACCAGGAUCUUCCAAAAGCAUCGAUCCUGUCAAGGCUGUCAUUUUCAAGGCCUCAGCCUUGACUGAAGAGCCUCUGAAAAUAAGCCUGUAUAUGUAAAAAAAAUGCAGUUCAGGUUUUAGUCCCUCUUCAGAACAAAACCCCUUCUAGUGCUACAAAGUCUUUUAUUAAUCACGCAAAUACAUAAAGGAUGUCUGGUAAAUCCAUUUGUAUAAAAACUGCUUUGAAAUGGCAGCAGACUGUGAACUGGACCCUGUGAUCCUCCUGUGUGUGUACAGUUGCCUUGAGGUGUCCUUAGCGGAAGACAGGUGGAGCUAGGCCAUACAUUUUCUUACAGCUGUACUAGAAACGGUAGGUACAGUUUUGUUCUGAAGAACCAGCUUUACCUCUGGCCAUAUCUAGGUUUUCUGCUGCGUUGGCCGAAAGAUCUUCAUUCACAAAUGCUUUAAAUACUGGAAUAACUCUUGUAUUUUGCUCAGCCAUCUGCAGGAGAAAACACCAGUUUGUUACAUGCAAGAAUCAGUGCCCCUGUGACAGGUAAGAUAGUAAAUAAAAUCAAAUCCUCUCCUUCACUUAAACAUUAAAACUUUAAGUGCCUUCAUGGGAGCAUGCUUUGGGUGAACAGGCGUCUGACGCACUAGCAGGCUCCCUUGCCAAGUUCUUAAGGAACGUGCUGCGUUGCCAAAUGAGGAACUGCACUUGCUCAGACCUGGGACGCACAAGCUCUCCCUUUCUUUUCCCCACUCAUUGAUCAGUGGUGGGCCUGGCAGCAUACUGAAGUAGUAAAGAUCACUUCAGUUUUAAAUGCUUUUGAUGUCUGACAUCAUUUGCAGUGUGUACACCACACUGCAGGCAUCCAACGUUACCUUGUAAAGCUUUGCCUCUUCUGCACCUGCAUUUACAGAAAUGAUAUUGAGUACAGGCUCCUAUGGAAAAGGAUUUCACCUUGUGCAGCCUCUCCGGUCUUUCAGCAGUACUUUCUCCUUCUUCCUCCUCUACUGCGUCUGGUCUAGCCUGUCACCAUAACCCUGGCACUACAAAGCCAGCGUUUUGACCUUACUCUUUCAACAGUCCACUAGAGCCACUAUAGCAUAGAAAGCAUUUUAGUAGGGACCUUGACCAGAUACUAUGUCAAUAAUUCUAUUAAUGAAGUAAUCUAAACAGGUUUCUUGGGUAAUUUUAAAAAGCAGAGGCUUUUUUUAGCAGUUAAGACAUUUCAGAUUUAGCCUCUCCGAGGCAUUUACACAGAAAGGCAACAUGCACUAAGGCAGAGCUCUCGUUUACUGUCACUUUGAAGGUUGUUUCUGCGUUGCCUUCUUUCACUGUUGUCUAAAGUCUUCUUCCUUGGGCUCAGCAUUGUUUUCCUACUGUGCUCAGAACUAGGAUGUAGUAGUAGUUCUUUGAUAUAGUAUGAAACAAAUUUUGGAUGCCAAACAGAACAUGCCAAGGGUUGAAUACAGACGAUUCAUUUUGCAUUAAGUGGGGUGGCUGCCCACGAGAAGCAAGAUACUGCUACCUCAGCUAUCAGAGUUUCUGGCAAGAGAGGAAACAGAUUUUUAGCAGUAGCUAAUGUUUCCAGUCUGUAUUGUUGGCUAGUCCUACUCAUGCUUGAGGUUACUUUAGUACCUGCUUAUCCCAGCUAUAACAUGGUACUGUAUUUUACAGAGACACUGUAGCUUUUUUUGUGCAAGCAAGGACAAACCCAAGGAGAUAUAGAGCUGCUUACGCCACUCUCCUGCUUAAGUGUUUUGGAAACAGAGUAAGACCAGAACCCAUUUACAGAAGGGGCAUGUGAGGAAGGAAUAAGUUGUGGCUUUUGUCCCAUACUACAAACUGGGCAUGCAAUGAGGAAAGGAACAGAACUAAGACAAGACAAACCGAUCUUACCUUACAUCCCAAAAUAAAAAUGACUAGUUUAUAAAUAAGAGGUGUGACUUUACAGCCCUCUAUAUGAGAAGCCAGCCUCUCCACAAUAUGCUGUAGCCAGUCCUGUAAGUUCCUUUAAUUCUCAUCUGAUGCACUUACAGCCAGUUGGUAUCUAAAAGCAUUAGCAAUAAAAAGUAAAGUAAGCAUCCCUUCUUUAUCUGCACACAUGAUUUUAAUACUGGGUUUGGUAACUGCAAUUUGAUCUGCUCCUAAGAAUUAGCCACAGCAUUAAGUAUGUGUGUGCAGAUUUAUUGUAACACUAAUUUAACACUGUCCAAGCACUUGUUAAAUACGAUCUCUAACUACUUCAGGUAUAACUAGUCUGCUUUUAAGCAUCUCUUAUAUAAGCACAGAAAACUGUUUUGCUCAAUAAGGUAAUUAUUGAGCAGCCAUCAACUGUUUAGUUAAAUAUACAGCAGAUUUUUUCAGGGAAGGUAGUUCACAUUUUUGUAUUCUAAUAAUCCGCAGUAGCAUUCGUGCACCUUGUGGCACACUUACAAAGUUUAUACAAGACAAUAAAUCUACCACUUGCACAGAC